ACCUACACUACAAUCAGCCACAGACUGAUAUAAUAAUAUCAGCUGACGACAGUCAAUAAGUCUCUAUUGUCCACAUAUGUCAACUUCAUAGGUAGGUACCUACCUACACCUACUGACUGAAAAAUAUUCAAUGUACAUAACCAAAAACCGAAUUAUUUUAUUUUGAUUCGAAGUUUUCUCAACAAAGGCACGUUGUGUAUCAUGCUCCAAUUAUCAAUUAAACGACUUAUCUCGUGUAAUAGACUGAGUGAUUUGCGACGAUCGUUUAUUGUACAAAACAAGAGAAUUCACACUACGAAUCAUUUAAAACACGGAGAAUACGAAUGGCAAGAUCCGAAGUCUGAAGAUGAAGUUGUGAACGUUGUAUAUGUUGAUAAAGAUGGAGUUAAAAUAAAUGUUAAAGGGAAAGUUGGUGAUAACAUUUUAUAUUUAGCACAUAGAUAUGAGAUUCCUAUGGAAGGUGCAUGUGAAGCUUCAUUGGCGUGCACAACUUGCCACGUAUACAUUCCUCACGAUUACUUAGAUAAGCUCCCGCCAUCGGAAGAGAAAGAAGAUGAUCUGUUAGAUAUGGCUCCGUUUCUCAAAGAAAAUUCUAGAUUAGGUUGUCAAAUUGUUUUAACAAAAGAAUUGGAAGGUAUGGUAAUACAAUUACCGAAAGCAACUAGGAACUUUUACGUGGACGGACAUAAACCUAAGCCACAUUAAUUUUAAAUACUGGUGGUAUUAGAAAUGAAGAAAGCAUAAUUUAUUUAUGAAGUUACUGAUAAAGAAACGUGUGAGCAAAACGAAGCACAGUGAAUACAGUCCAGUUAUCGUUCCGAGGGGCUGAAAAGUGAAUGUUGUAUUUAAAGUUGAAGACAAUAUACUUUUGCUAACAUGAAAUGAAUGAUACGUCAAGUUUUUUAGGAAUCCGUAAUGUAUAUUACACAAGAUGGCUCAGCUCUUUCUAAUAAUGCGUAGAUAAUUAGUAACAAAAAAACAUUCAGGGUUUUUUAAGUGUCAUCUUAUCAUUGCCCCUUCCUCAUCCUUGUUGCGGUUGUGCUCCUUAAUGCUGAGGGUAGUGACCUUUACAGAGCAUUUUGUUUGGAACAUGUUCCUUCAUUCUUUUCAGUCCUCUGUGCAGUGGAGAGUGACAUUGAUGAUUGCUAUUUCCCUUUACACAAUAUUAAUUUUAACUGGGGUUACACUUCUAAAUUGACCCAGAGAAUGCACUCACCCAUCAGUCUAAUUACUCUAAUUUGGAUCUGUGCUUCAAAAAUACUGUCAUUACUAAAUACCAAUUGGCGAUCUCAUGAGUGAGACACUCACCGGAAGAGAUGUAGUGGUGUUAUUCUACACCACAACACGCAACUAGUUCCUCUAUAUUAUAUUUUCAUCUGUCAAUAUGCAGACUACCUUCAGUCUCAAUCAAUGUUUACGGGUAUUUCCCAAAGGAGUUUUUUAGUCUUGCUCCUAAUUAAUUAUGAAUUGGAUGGCUUGUUUGAUUUAGUGAUUAUUGACUCUGUCUUCUGUACAGCAGGGUUGGGAUUACAUUUCUGGACAAAGUCAAAAUCUUUGAGAUUAGCAUUGAUCACGGGGGCUGUACCCGAGUCUACGCGUGCCUGUACAGGUCCCACAGCAGUGAUGCAGGUUCAGCUCUGAUAGAGCAUGUGCAAGAGGGGACUAACCGCGUGCUUGAGCAGUACCCAUCUGCGGAGGUGGUGGUUCUUGGAGACUUUAACGCUCAUCACCAAGAGUGGUUGGGGUCCAGAACCACUGACCUCCCGGGUCGGACUGCCUACGAUUUCGCCUUGGCCUACGGCCUCUCCCAGCUGGUGACACAGCCCACCCGUGUCCCAGAUAUUGAGGGGCACGAGCCUUCUCUGUUGGACCUUCUGCUGACCACCGAUCCAGCCGGAUACAGUGUGGUGGUCGACGCUCCACUUGGAUCGUCUGAUCACUGCCUUAUCCGUGCUGCCACACCACUCUCUCGUCCUAGUCGUCGAACGACGACCAGGUAUCGAAGAGUUUGGCAGUAUUUGUCAGCAGAUUGGGAUGGAUUGCGUGAGUUUUACGCAUCCUACCCAUGGGGGCGGUUCUGCUUUUCCUCUGCUGAUCCUGACGUCUGUGCGGACCGUCUUAAAGACGUGGUGCUCCAGGGGAUGGAAUUGUUUAUUCCCUCCUCUGAAGUGCCCGUUGGGGGUCGCAGCAGACCCUGGUAUAACAAUGCCAGCAGGGAUGCUGCACACCUCAAGCGGUCCGCAUACGUUGCAUGGGAUGAUGCUAGGAGACGUCGGGAUCCUAACAUCUCAGAGGAAAGGCGGAAAUAUAACGCCGCUUCCAGGUCCUACAAGAAGGUUAUUGCCAGGGCGAAAUCGGAGCACGUUGCUAGAAUUGGCGAGCGACUGAAGAGCUAUCCCUCUGGGAGCCGUGCUUUUUGGUCGCUCGCCAAAGCUGCAGAAGGUAACUUUUGCAGGUCUAGUCUCCCACCACUACGCAAGUCCGAUGACAGUCUGGCCCAUAGUGCGAAAGAGAAGGCUGACCUUCUGGUCAAACUCUUCGCCUCGAACUCGACUGUGGACGACGGGGGUGCCACACCACCGAACAUCCUCCGGUGUGAUAGUUCCCUGCCGGAGAUCUGCUUUACACAGUGUGCAGUCAGGCGGGAACUCCGACUCCUGGACGUCCAUAAGUCGAGCGGGCCAGACGGCAUCCCUGCAGUGGUUCUGAAAACGUGCGCCCCUGAGCUGACGCCUGCGCUAACGCGUUUGUAUCGCCUCUCUUAUUGCGCUAACAGGGUUCCGUCUUCAUGGAAGACUGCCCACGUCCACCCUAUCCCCAAGAAGGGUGACCGGUCGGACCCAUCGAGCUACAGGCCUAUCGCGAUAACUUCCUUGCUUUCCAAGGUGAUGGAGCGAAUAAUUAAUAUACAACUCCUGAAGUAUCUGGAGGAUCGCCAGCUGAUCAGUGACCGACAGUACGGUUUCCGUCACGGUCGCUCAGCUGGCGAUCUUCUUGUAUACCUUACUCACAGGUGGGCUGAAGCCUUGGAGAGCAAGGGCGAGGCUCUUGCUGUGAGCCUUGAUAUUGCGAAGGCCUUCGACAGGGUCUGGCAUAGGGCACUUCUGUCGAAGCUACCAUCUUACGGAAUCCCCGAGGGUCUCUGCAAGUGGAUCGCUAGCUUUUUGGAUGGGCGGAGCAUCACGGUCGUUGUAGACGGUGACUGUUCUGAUACCAUGACCAUUAACGCUGGCGUUCCACAAGGUUCGGUGCUCUCCCCCACGCUUUUCAUCCUGUAUAUCAAUGACAUGCUGUCUAUUGAUGGCAUGCAUUGCUAUGCGGAUGACAGCACGGGGGAUGCGCGAUAUAUCGGCCAUCAGAGUCUCUCUCGGAGCGUGGUGCAAGAGAGACGAUCAAAACUUGUGUCUGAAGUGGAGAACUCUCUGGGGCGAGUCUCCAAAUGGGGUGAAUUGAACUUGGUUCAAUUCAACCCGUUAAAGACACAAGUUUGCGCGUUCACUGCGAAGAAGGACCCCUUUGUCAUGGCACCGCAAUUCCAAGGAGUAUCCCUGCAACCUUCCGAGAGUAUUGGGAUACUUGGGGUCGACAUUUCGAGCGAUGUCCAGUUUCGGAGUCAUUUGGAAGGCAAAGCCAAGUUGGCGUCCAAAAUGCUGGGAGUCCUCAACAGAGCGAAGCGGUACUUCACGCCUGGACAAAGGCUUUUGCUUUAUAAAGCACAAGUCCGGCCUCGCGUGGAGUACUGCUCCCAUCUCUGGGCCGGGGCUCCCAAAUACCAGCUUCUUCCAUUUGACUCCAUACAGAGGAGGGCCGUUCGGAUUGUCGAUAAUCCCGGUCUCACGGAUCGUUUGGAACCUCUGGGUCUGCGGAGGGACUUCGGUUCCCUCUGUAUUUUGUACCGUAUGUUCCAUGGGGAGUGCUCUGAGGAAUUGUUCGAGAUGAUACCGGCAUCUCGUUUUUACCAUCGCACCGCCCGCCACCGGAGUAGAGUUCAUCCAUACUACCUGGAGCCACUGCGGUCAUCCACAGUGCGUUUCCAGAGGUCUUUUUUGCCACGUACCAUCCGGCUAUGGAAUGAGCUCCCCUCCACGGUGUUUCCCGAGCGCUAUGACAUGUCCUUCUUCAAACGAGGCUUGUGGAGAGUAUUAAGCGGUAGGCAGCGGCUUGGCUCUGCCCCUGGCAUUGCUGAAGUCCAUGGGCGACGGUAACCACUCACCAUCAGGUGGGCCGUAUGCUCGUCUGCCUACAAGGGCAAUAAAAAAAAAAAAAAAAAAAAAAAAAAAAUAUAUGUAUAGCCAGUAAGUACCCUUUACAAAACUCAAAUCACAAACAGUAAUAGCUUUUUUUGUUUUUAAAUCUUAAACAGAAAGGCAUCAAUCUAAAUUAGACUAAUUUAAAAUAGAUUACCAAUCAGUGUUUAUUUAUUUAUUUUUUGAAUACAUUACUGCUUCACUGCAGAAAUAGGCGGGGUGGUGGUACCUACCCAUACAGGUUCACAAGCGGUCCUACCACCAGUAAAAGUGUUAACGUUGUAAUCAAGAUUGAAAAGUUUUGAACCUUUUAGCAAAAUAUUAAGGAACAUAUUUCAGUACAUUUGCUCUGGGAAUAGAUGUGAUAAACAUGUUUUGUUAAUAAAAAUAAGUUUUAAUGUAAAUAAAUGUAUAUAUUUUGUUAUUUUAAAUAAAUGGUUAUGCAGUGUAUUUGUAA